UGGAACAUGGAUCCCUACGGGUAUGGGCCACGCUUGGACCCGGAUCCGAAGUCAAUGGGAGGCGUGCCGUCAUCGAGUCAGAGUGAUAUCAACCAGCUUUUGGAUCAAAUCUUGUGCAUCACGGACCAAACGCUGGACGAGGCUCAAGUCAGGAAGCACACGCUCAAUUGCCAUCGGAUGAAACCAGCCUUGUUCGAGGUCCUUUGUCAGAUCAAGGAGAAGACGGUCCUCAGUCAACGUCAUGGGGAACAAGAAGACGUGCCCGAUCCACAAUUGGCCAGACUGGAUAAUAUGCUGGUGGCCGAGGGUGUGGCUGGACCUGAAAAGGGAAGAGGAGACCAAGCAGCGAGUACAGCUGCUGCAGCAUCUGCAUCUGGUCAACCUGAAACCACCGUUGAACAUGUCGACUACAAGAAUAAACUGUCCGAGAUCCGUUCAAUCUACCAUCUCGAAUUUGAAAAAUACGAACAAGCCUGCAAUGAAUUCACUACGCAUGUCAUGAAUCUUCUUCGCGAGCAAUCCAGGACACGCCCAAUCACCGCCAAAGAAAUUGAGCGCAUGGUACGCAUUGUCCAUCAAAAAUUCCUUUCCAUCCAGGGCCAAUUGAAGCAGAGCACUUGUGAAGCCAUCAUGAUACUUCGCUCUAGAUUCUUGGAUACCCGCCGAAAGCGACGAAACUUCAGCAAAAAAGCCACCGAAGUCCUCAACGAGUACUUCUACAGCCAUCUGGCCAAUCCUUAUCCAAGUGAGGAGGCCAAAGAAGAACUAGCUCGCAAGUGCAACAUCACUGUGUCGCAAGUGUCUAAUUGGUUCGGGAACAAACGCAUUCGGUACAAGAAGAACAUCUCCAAGGCCCAAGAAGAGGCUAAUGGUUAUACUGGUAAGCCUACCAUGCAAUCUCAACACCUCGAGGAUUAUGGACUGAUGUUACCCCCGCCUUCUGAAUGGAAUGACUUUCAUCACACACCCUCGCCACACCUCCACUCUCCCGAUCAUUGGCCUGCCGAGCAUCACCAAAUCGAUCCGGGACUUCGCGAUGAUAAGGAUGGACGGUCACUUACUCGUUAGAAAGAGGGACUAAUUUGCAAAGGAGUCUCCGAGGUUUUGUGAGUGUUCAUUUGAAGCUUGCGACAUGAGUUGUCGAAAUUCAAAUGUGCGCUCACGAAACCUCGAGCAUUGGGCCCGGUUUGCAAUGAGAGACUGGAUGAAAAGAGGGAUUAGAGAAAGGCCAGGGAAGCCCCUGUGGAUUUGCAUACAUGUCACUCAAAGUCUUUGACGAUGAUUCAUAACGACAGGUCUCCUUGCUGAGAUGAUGUAAGGGUGGAAUGUUCUCAACUUAUAACACUUCUAGAUUUUAAAAAAGUGAUAUUGGACCAGCACUAUACUCUUAAUCACACAUACGUACACGAACCAGUAAUUGUCACCCAUCCAUGUUUAGCCUUCAAGCUAGAAUGCAUUGCAAAUAAAUUGGAAAUGAAUCCGGAAUCA